GUGUGAGAGAGAGAGAGAGAGAGAGAGAGAGAGAGAGAGUGCGUGCGCGGGUGCGUGCAUCGUCCCGAGGAGUGAAAAUCGCUGGUACCCCUGGCUGCAUGAGAGCACGACAGGAUGAGACGAGGAAGCGUCACGACAUACGUGGACGAUGGUCGCCGGCACUCUGCGGGAAUGGUGACGCCGGAAUACCGCAGCAACAAUAGGCAGGAAUUCACCGUGAACGACAUUGACUACGAGAGAACGGGUGGCUGCUUCGUCUCGUACAGGAAAAUCGCCUUCGCCUUCGUCUUCUUCCUCGCGUUUGUCAUCGCCGCCGCCUUCAUCGGCGUCUACAUUGGAUCGCCGCCGGACAAAGCUUUACAAGAUGUACUGGCUGUACUGUCCAACGAUGAGGAGCUGCCUGAGAAAUAUGUUCUCUCUUCGUCUAUCCAACCCGUGCGUUACAAUAUCAAGCUCGCGCCAAUACCGGAAACCGAGGAGGGUCACGUUAAGCUCCAGGGACGCGUCAUCAUAGACUUUCAGCAGAAUGGGAUUAGCGGCCCAAAUCAACUUGUCCUCAAUUCCAAGCAUCUGACGUACAAAAGCUGUCGUCUUUUAAUCCACGACAAGAUGGAAAAUUCCACCUCCAAUCAGCCGUCGGCCUCGAGGAGACGCAAGCGGGACACGGAGGACGUGAAAAAUGAUACAACAGCCACUACAGUUGGAAAUGAGACGGUUGUCACGACGAUUGCUACCACUACUCUGCCAACCGUAUUAAAUGACACCGUCAAAGCUGUUGAGAAUACAACGCAACAUCCACAAAUAGAGAAAAAUCGUCUGUUCGAAUUACCCCUUAGCAAAACUGAAUUGAAAAUCAGUGCAAAUAAAACCGAUGCAAAUGGAUCUAUAUACGUAAUUUUCCUUGAAAAAUCGUUACAGAAGGGAAAUUAUUCGUUAGAAAUCGAUUACGAAGCUACGGUGGAUGACAGAGUUUUAUAUACGAGGAAUAUAAAGAAGAAUAAUUCUAGCAAGCCGGUUAUAGUGUCAAUGCUGAAGCCCACCAAUGCUCCUCGUCUCUUUCCAACCUUUGAUGAGACGAGGCUGAAAGCAAGUUUUGAACUGAAUCUGUUACAUUCCAAUGACCUGAAAGCCCUUUCGAAUAUGCCCUUGAUCAAUUCAAGCGACUCAAAUGGAAUCAUGGAUAACACGGACAAUCUAACAGUCGACAUAUUUGGCGAGACGCAAACGAUGUCGGCCCACAAUUUUGUCUUUGUCAUUGGAAAUUUUGAGUUCCUGGGCGAGGUUCCGAUCGACGAGACGCCGUUACUGAAGAAACAAGUCAUCGGUUAUUGGGGCGACGCUGAACACAAAACUCAGGAUUUCUAUUUGCGAGAUAAAAUCUCGCCUAUAGUAACAGCAUACGCGGAAUUAUUUCAAGGCUUAGCUCGGCCAACUAAAAAUCUCAGUCUUGUCGCAAUGCCUGUAGACUUUGACGGCCUCUCGGCACCUGGAUUGAUCAUUAUCAAGGAAUCGCUUUUUUACGCUGCGGCUAGUUCCCCAUCCUUCUUGAAAACUAAAGCUUUAGUGAGCUUGAUCGGAUUUUUUGGUCAGCAGUGGCUCGGCGGUUUGGCUGAAGCGAAGAAUUGGACCGACGCUUGGUUCAUCGAGGGCUCUAUUUUAUAUUUACAGUACGCCCUCAUUGACAAGAUUGAUCCGAAUCUCGAGGUAUCCAAAGACUUUUUAAUAGACGUUCAGUUGGAAGCUAUGGAAAACGAUGGUUAUUUUCUAUCAAAGGCUCUGGAUUCAAAAAUUGAUCGGACUUACAUCGAAGCCUUCGAUUUGUUUGACAAUUAUCGAAAAGGUGCAUGCCUGAUAAGCAUGUUGAAUGACGUCUUAAAUGGAAAUUCCUUUAGGAGCGGCUACGCUGAAUUUCUUCGCCGGUGGAGUCGAUCCAAUUCAGAUUCUGAUGAGUUUUUGCAUGCACUUGUCGGAAAUAUGACGACCGAGGUUGAAUCUACAAAUAUGACGAAAGCCUUUACCAGCUGGACUCGACAGCCCGGUUAUCCUUUGGUAAAUGUUACGUGGAUUCACGAGAAUAGCACGGUUGUUAUACGGCAGGGGAAGUUCAAUUUCGACGAACUGUGGAACAAGGAGAAACGCUCGACUAGUACAGAUUUGUGGUGGCUGCCUCUCACAUAUGUGACUUCCGAGGGCAAUUGGUUGAAACCAACAACCAUCUGGAUGAAGGGCACGAACGAACUUACGCUAAAAAAUAUUCCAUACACCGGUAACAACUCUUGGAUUAUUGUCAACGUGAACAGGACCGGCUACUUCCGUGUGAACUAUGACGCGGCAAACUGGCGCUCGAUCAUCGACAUUCUGCGCACGAAACACGACGACAUCCCCAUGGCGACAAGGACUUCUCUCGUCGACGAUGCUCUCAGUCUCGCCCGUCAGGGCAGCAUCUCCUACGAGUUGGCCUUCGAGCUCAUCACCUACCUGGGUCCCCAUGAGCGUAAUUACGGACCCUGGGCCGCGUUUGCGAGGCACGCAAGACAAUUGGAUUUUGCUCUCUACGAGACCAUCGCCUAUCCGAAUUAUCAGAAGUUCAUGCGAAAUCUCGUAGCAACUCUAUUUGACGAAAUGGAAGCAAAGAUCGACGAAGGCACAGCUUUGGCAAUGUUAUCUGUGCGAUUAGCUUGUACGUAUGAAUACAAGAAGUGCACCACCUGGGGUCGAAACAAAUGGGAUGAUCUAUUUAAAAAUAACAAUGAGAACACAUUAUUAAAACAUGUCCGCGAGACGGUUUACUGUAGCGGGGCACGAGGAGGAGGUCCAGAAGAAUUAUCAUAUUUAAUGCAAAAAAGCGAGGAGGCGACCGACAUGGACGAGAGGAGCAGAUUAUUAUCAGCUUUCGGCUGCUUUCAGAGUCCCUGGAUUUUAAAAAAAAUACUAGUCGAAGUUCUGAGAACCAAUAAAUAUUCACAUAGUGAUGUCAAGGUAAUAUUACAAUCGUACGCAAAAAAUCCAGCAGCAGCUCAAACAACCAGCAGAUUUAUUCAAGAACAAUGGACACAAAUAGUGCAAAGAUUUUCUAAUUCGUAUUGGAUAAUGAAAGCGUUUGUCGAAGCUGCGACGAAAUUCCUCUUUACCGAGAUUGACUUACACGAGUUUAAUGUCUUCAGAGAUAAAAACAUCGAUAGCUUGAAGAUGGUUGGUCAUUGGGUUGCACUUAAUGAGAUAAAAGCGUUCUCUUGGAUCUACAGAUUAAAAGAAUCCACUGAAAAUAUUCAGAAUUGGCUGAAGAGUCAUACGAAUUCAACCGUGUAACGCACGCUAUAGAUCUUUGUUUCAUGGUACUCUUAAGGAAAUUAAAUAGCUCGCGUGUUUGUGGAUUUUUUAAUUUCUCGUUUCGAAAAACGCUCGAAAGCUCGAUAGAUUAAUUGUAGAUCAAGUAACACCGAUAUUAAAUAAUGUUUAUCUCGAGCUAAAAAUUCGAUUGUAAGUUGAAUGGAAAAUAUUUCUUUUAAGUUCAGACUGAAUCCUCAUUCGAUCAAAUAUAUAAUUUUUAAUAUUUGAUUUGGACAAAAAUUUAUAUAAAGUCGAGUGCAAUGUUAUUUGAAUGAGUUGAAAAGAUUUUUAAAUUCAAGUAGGAGCGCAAGUUUCAGUCUAAGGAUUUUCAAAGCACAAUACAUUUAGUAUUUAGAUGAAACUUGGCCUGUCAUAAAAUUGUUAUAUAUUUCUUAAUUUUCUAAUAAUUUAGGCAAAAUGUACUUGGACAGUAUAAAAUCUAUUUAUAUAUAUUUAUCAAUUAGAUAAUUAAGUAUGCGUGGGCUUUAGUACACCAUAAAAGUCACAUAAAUUUUGACAUUCACUUGAAAGAAAUCUGUAUUUA